CACAGCUUAACGGGUGUGAGUGCGCAGGCGUGCGUGAUCUGGAGCUCCAGGCCUGCGGGCUGAUUCCGACGGGUGUUUACAGGGGUCCGGGCGCCAGGGGCUGCAGACCUGGGCCCUGCCAGCACCAUGGGCAGCGGUUGCCGCAUCGAAUGCAUAUUCUUCAGCGAGUUCCAUCCCACGCUGGGACCCAAAAUCACUUAUCAGGUCCCUGAAGACUUCAUCUCCAGGGAGCUGUUUGACACAGUCCAGGUGUACAUCAUCACCAAGCCAGAGCUGCAGAACAAACUCAUCACUGUCACAGCCAUGGACAAGAAACUGAUUGGCUGCCCUGUGUGCAUUGAACACAAGAAGUACAGCCGCAAUGCCCUGCUUUUCAACCUAGGCUUUGUGUGUGAUGCCCAGGCCAAGACCUGUGCCCUCGAGCCCAUCGUCAAAAAGCUGGCUGGCUACCUGACCACACUGGAGCUAGAGAGCAGCUUCGUGUCAACAGAGGAGAGCAAGCAGAAAUUGGUGCCCAUCAUGACCAUCUUGCUGGAGGAGCUAAAUGCCUCAGGCCGGUGCACUCUGCCGAUCGAUGAAUCCAACACCAUCCACUUGAAGGUGAUUGAGCAGCGGCCUGACCCUCCUGUGGCGCAGGAGUAUGAUGUGCCUGUCUUUACCAAGGACAAGGAAGAUUUCUUCAACUCACAAUGGGACCUCACCACACAACAGAUCCUGCCCUACAUUGAUGGCUUCCGCCAUGUCCAGAAGAUCUCAGCUGAGGCAGAUGUGGAGCUAAACCUGGUGCGCAUCGCCAUCCAGAAUUUGUUGUAUUAUGGAGUUGUGACACUGGUGUCCAUCCUCCAGUAUUCCAAUGUGUACUGCCCAACACCGAAGGUCCAGGAUCUGGUAGAUGACAAGUCCCUGCAAGAGGCAUGUUUAUCCUAUGUGACCAAACAAGGGCACAAGAGGGCCAGCCUUCGGGAUGUGUUCCAGCUAUAUUGCAGCUUGAGCCCUGGCACUACUGUGAGAGACCUCAUUGGCCGCCACCCCCAGCAGCUGCAGCGUGUUGAUGAACGGAAGCUGAUCCAGUUCGGUCUUAUGAAGAACCUCAUCCGCCGACUACAGAAGUAUCCCGUGCGGGUGUCUCGGGAGGAGCGGAGCCACCCUGCCCGGCUUUACACAGGCUGCCACAGCUAUGAUGAGAUCUGUUGCAAGACAGGCAUGAGCUACCACGAGCUUGAUGAACGGCUGGAAAAUGACCCCAAUAUCAUCAUCUGCUGGAAAUGAGGCUGGUGGGGGCUAAACUAGGCACACGACUGUGGCUGCUUUCGUCCUGCAAAGCGCCGUCUGGUGCAUGAGGGCUAGACCCGUAGACUAGUCCGUAUUGUCUCAAGGGUGACCCUCAGUCCUGUAAAUAAAAGCAUCUGUUUGAACCUA